AUGGGCCUUAAGGGGAGAGAUGUUGCUGCCGCCGGCCUCGUCUGCUUCGUCGCCUGGGGGUACGCCGUGGCUUGGGUGCCUGCCCUGCGCUGGGCCGCCUACUGCUUCGUCGCCGGCUGUGUGGCCGUCGCCGCCGCUCUGUUGUUGUUGAUGCUCCUGACCUCUCGCGGCUCGGCCUACCAUGCAAGAAAGCACCGGUCUGCAAGGCCGAAUGCCGUCGAAUUCGUCGGCCCCCUGGCUUGGAGGAGAGAGACGAGCUCCCUGAGGGUGCGGCAGAUCUACGAACCGGCGCCACUGUAUCCCGACUCGAGGAAGGUCUCGCACGCCCUCGAUCAGCUGCUGCGUCUGAUCCUCAGGGACUUCGUCCUGAGCUGGUACGGGCAUAUCAGCAAGAAUCCGGUAUUCGCGAACGAGGUAGACAAGACGACGAGGAUUGCGUUGGCAAACAUCCGGGACCGCCUGUUGGACGUCGACUUGGUCGAGGUCAUCACGAGCCGGAUCGUGCCCAUUCUCACGGCCCAUUUCAGGGAUUUCAACGAUGCUGAGCGGGUCGUCCGGGGACGGAAACUGAACAGGAGCGUCACGGAGAGCGAAGAGCUGGACCUCGCCAUUGCCGCCAAGUAUAGAGACGGCAAGCUACAUCCUGCUGCCAGUCUGGCCUACUCGGACAUCAAACUGGUGCAGCAGGACCACCUGCGGAAGACUGUCGCUGGAAUCCUCCCCAAGAUCCUGCCUGACAAUAUACUGAAUAGCCGCGCCGUUUCCAAUAUCAUCCGGGAGAUAGUUGGCUGUGCGGUCUUGUUCCCGGUCACCACGCUCCUGUGCGACCCUGACCUUUGGAACCAACUCAUCGAGAACUAUGGGCGGAGUAUGCUGCAGGACCGGUCCACUGUCCGCAAGCUACGGGCUGCACUGGACGCCCAUGCGUCUCCAUCGCCCAAGAGCUCCAAAACGGCUACAUUUCCGCGCCUGGUCCCGGGUGAUGGCGAGAGACGGUUUGAGAAAUAUAUCAGAGCUAUUCGGAAAGUCAAUAACUUGAAUGAUGCUCGGCGAUUUAGAAGCGAGGUUGCCAGUCAGUUGAAGAGGGAUUCCGAACAAGGAGGACAGGAUCAAGUCUAUUUGCGCCGCUUAGAAAUGGGAAAGCGGCUACUCGACCAGAGGGUGCAACAUUUGGCUGCCGGAGGGGACAGGAGGACGCUUCCAGCCUUGACUGACCAUUCGCCGCCUGUGGAGGCUUCAAGGCUGGAGAACGCUCCAUUGGUUGAUUUACUCCGUGAUACUUCUGGCCUCUCGUACUUCAUGGAGUAUAUGGACAGGCAACGGAUGAUGCCUCUGGUACAAUUCUGGCUAGUGGUAGAUGGAUUCCGGAAUCCAUUGGAGGACGACGGGCCGGAGCACGAGCAACUACCUUCUGCUUUGCCGCCCUGGACCGAGUCGGAUCGCAUGGACCUAGCACAAAUAGACCAGGCAUACAUGUCCAAUGCUGUGCUUCGAGUGCCGGACUCUUCCAGGAAAUCCAUUAGAGCCUUCCUGGAAGCAGGCAAGAGUGCGAGUCCUGAGCAAUACUUUCGAGCUCGACGAGCAGUCUUGAGAGCGCAGAGUGCCGUGCUCGAAGAGAUGCAGUCCAAGUAUCUCCAAGGGUUCAAGAAAUCCGACUUGUGGUACAAAUGCCUCGCAUCCGAGGAAGCCUCGAAAAAGACCAGUCAAUUACCGCCACCGCCGGCCCAGGCUGGACCAUCAAACCCGCCUCUUACAAGGGCAUCACAGUCGUAUCAGCUGAAACCAACACCGGUCGCAAGGUUGAACCCUCGCCUCAAUACGUCUCACAGCUCGGCCAGACGGGGGCUUUCAGCCACGGAUCUGCGGGCGCAGUCUACUAAUGGUAGCCAAAGCCCUGAUCCGCUGAUGGGGGGCCGUCGCUCCCUGGACGAGAGCGCCUCGUCGCCACUUUUCGAUGACGAUGAUUUUGACCAUGACCCCAUGGGAGACUCGGUUCAAAGCCUUGACCAAGAUCCUACCAACCCGACACUUGAUAACCACGUGGUGCAGGCUAUGGAGGAGGCACUCAACAACAUCAUGGAGGACGAUCGGCCCCAGACAGCCGAAGACCUGCGUCAGUCUCUGUUUGGCAAUGAAGGCGACGGUGCGUCGAGUAUGUUUUCCGGCCACGAUAAUGACUCGGCAAGAGGGUCCGUCGAUCUCCAACGACCACUGAUUCCGGCUGGGAAGGACCUAGAGAAGCCUAGUCUCUCGUCGCUAGGAUUAGUGAGCGCUGCCUCCCGAAUCGGCGUCUUUGAUGAUAAUGACCUAUUCGCCGAGGAGGAUAAGUUACUCCCCGACGAACAGGGCAACGAGACCGAAGACCCUGGUGAUGUUGAGGACGAGGUGCACGAAGCGGCACCUGGGGAUCUGGGCCUUGCUGAGGCAAUCACGGUUCUCACCAACGACAUCGAUCGCCUUGCCGCCCAGGAGGCUGUUGUUGACUCCCUCAUGAAGAAGGCGGAGCUGACUAACAACACGGCGGAAAUCCGCAUAUUGCGGAAAUCCAGAGCCAGCCUCCAGAGGGAGCUGAGACGCAAGGAACUGCAGAGACAGCAAUACGUCGUGCAAGAAAGUGACAACAGCCUUUAUGGACGUUCUUCGAUAAAGAUCAAAGCUAUUCAGGUUGGACGGGAAGACGACGGCAAAGAAUAUGCCCUAUAUGUCAUCGAGGUCCAGCGGAUUGCCGGGGAGAAGAUGCCAGCAGCUACGUGGGUGGUGACGAGACGCUACAGCGAAUUUCACGAGCUACACCAGAAGCUUCGGAACCGAUACGCAUCAGUACGUCAUUUGGAUUUCCCACGUCGCCGCAUGGUCAUGAAACUCCAAAGCGAAUUUCUUCGGAGGAGACAACAGGCACUGGAACAGUACCUGCAACAACUACUGCGACUUCCCGAGGUCUGCCGCAGUAGAGACCUACGGGCUUUUCUCUCGCAGAGCGUCAUCCAGCAGGGCGAGGAUCUGCUCACGCGGGAAGAUAAGAAGGAUAUGAUCACCCGCCUGUACGAUUCCGUCACGGACGGCAUGGAGGACAUUCUCGGCAACAUUCCCGUCCUGGACCAACUGUCUGUUGCGGGACAGAACCUGAUUGCAGCAGCAACGAGCCAGCUCAACACGAUGCCCAUGCCGCUGAAUAUAAACGAAGAUGUGCUCACAGCCGCCGAGGCUGAGGCCGAGCUCAACGCCUUUGAGGACAAGGAGCUCGAGCCCUUUAUCAAGCCGAUCUGCGACAUCUUCCUCGAAGUGUUCGAGCUCAACCGGGGGAACAACUGGCUGCGCGGCCGCGCCGUCGUGGUCGUCCUGCACCAGCUUCUCGGGGGCACCAUCGAACGGAAAGUGCGCGACAAUGCCAAAGUGCUGGUACAGGAAGACGCCAUACUCAAGUACAUCGGACUGCUGCGAGACAGCAUGUGGCCCGGCGGCCAGCUGAAGCGGAACAAGGUGCCGCGCACGGCCUCGGAGAAGAGCCGGACGAGGAGGGAGGCCGGGCUCAUGCUCGCCACGCUCGUGCCGGAUCUGGCGGGCAGCGUGGUAGGGAGGCUCAACGCGCAGGCGGCCAGCAGGAGGAUCUUUGCCACGAUGAACAACGAGCGACUCAAGUAA